AUGAAUCAAGCACAAUAUCUCUUGGUUUUACUGGUAUUUUCGACCCUUGCAAGUUGUUCUAAACCUAAAAAAGAUGUGAGAGAUUUUUCUGAUGCCGACUUUGAACGACUUUUGGAUGAAUGGGAAGAAAACGAUGAAGAACCACUGGAGGAAGAUGAAAAGCCAGAUCAUUUGAAGCCCAGACCCGGUAUAAACAUUGAAGAAUUGAAGAAACAAGUGAGUUUUUUAUAGAUUUUUGUUGUUUUUGCUUUAGAUUAGUAUUUAUUGGAGGAAUAAGGUAAAUUGAGGUUUGUGAAGGAAUGUGGAGGCAAUGAGAAGUUUAAGGUUGUUGGAAGAAGUGCGACAGGACUUGUUCUUGCUGCUUGAAGCUAUAUGAGUUGGUCAUGUACUUUAAUGGAUUUGGUUUUUUUGAGGAUUUGUUUUUUUUUUUGACGUCUAAAACAUGAUGGGGAAAUUUAUGAAUAACUUUCGCAGUGUGCCUUGUUAGGGCAAUCUUUUUAUGUCAGAGCAAGGUGAUAGUAUGCUCCCACUCUCCUCAAAAUUCUGCAGAAUUUUAGCCGUUAACCCCUGAGAUCCACCUCGAUCUUCUCCACAACCACCUUCACUAUCUACUUUAAUAUAAAAAUUGCUCAUAACUUUUUGGAUUCCAUCUCGGAUGAAGACCUUUUUUAGGCCAAGAAUCCAGACGAUCUCCUCCGUCUUUCCAAGAAGUCUCAGCCUGUUAUGAUGUUUGUCAGUGUUGUUGACAACGGGAAGAAAGCAACUCGUCCGUUCACCGAGAAAAUGUCCGAUAUUUGGCAGUCGCAGCUGUUUAACAAUCACAUCGAUCUUCAGGUAAGCUUUUUAUUGCUUUGUUUAUGUUUUAGGCUGGAUCUUCGAGCAAUUUGUGGAGGAAUUUCCCUGAUUUUCUUACUGUAACAUUCAUUUUUCUCUUUUAGACCUAUGUGGUCGAAGAUGAUCGAAUAUUAUUCAUGUUCAAGGAUGGCUCGAGGGCUUGGGAGGGUCGUGACUUCCUUAUUAAGCAUAAAGAAUGUAAAGAAGUCACUUUGGAAGGGCAAACCACGAAUGGCGCCGGAUUCACUGAGGAGAAGACCGAAUUGUGA